AUGAACCGAGCUCGCACCAAACAGACGAGGGCGCACCGGAAGCGAGCAAUUUCAUCAACACGUAAGCUCGAGCCAAAGUCGAAAGCUGCAUUCGAUCCAUACCAAAAGCAGUUUCCACCGAAGUCCUUUUCGACUCCAGCGAAAGCUCGGUACAAUUUACCAACCGAAGACGAUGGUUCUCACUCUUGGCCAUUCUCAGAGACUUGGCCACCAAGAUUCAUCGUCGACUACACCUACCUCUUGUCCUUACAGCGAUCCUGGCAAUCGUGGUUCCGAUCUCUCUUAUACAGCAAUACGCUUAUCCCGCAAGCCAAAAUGUUGGAAAUCGGCCAGGCUACGAUUGGGGAUCCGAGGCUCGGGCUGUGCGAAACUGCUGCUGCUGCUGCUGCUGGUCAGAGUCAGAGUCAGCAUCGUCAGAUGGAAUCAGUCGGACGUCUGAAGUUGGACUGGGAGAGGGAACCCUCGGAUGUCCCUGACUGGAUCGGAUUGAAUUGGAGCAAGGAAAAGUUGAAGCUGAAGCAGAUGAAUGACAUUAGUCUGUAUCGAUGUCGGGCGGCUGCGGAAAAUCUGCAGUUCUUGGUUGGAAACCUGCCGGAUCCGGGACAAGAGCUGUUUAUUCAGCUGGAUAGGUCGAAAUCAUUGCAGGAGCUGGAGACUUUUCCGAAGCUGCCGGUGGAACUGAGACUUAUGAUCUGGCGCCUCUCCUUCCCGCCUUCGCGACUUGUCAGGCUUCAUCCUACGUUUAACUCGUCACAAGACCCCCUCCCGGUAGCCCUACGAGUCAACCAAGAAUCACGAAGAGAGGGACUUAGACACUACUACAUGGUUCAACGCCCUCCUGAUGCUAGAUUUUCCAAAUAUGCCUAUUUCUACCCUCGCCAAGUCUGCAUCAACCCCAAGAUCGAUUCCGUUUACAUCUCGUUUCUGCAUCUCGUCGUCUAUCCUGAAGAAGCGAGUGACUUCAUCAGGGCUCUCGUCUGCAGCAAUAUAGCAUGCUUUAGACUAUUGCAGGAUCUUGAACUCCGGGAUGUUUAUUUGAUCCUAAGCAAUCCGGUGAGCCUGAAGUCAGCUACCGCAAUGGUCGAGAUGAACGAUAAGCGGACAGGCACGCUGCUUCUCUUUCCGGGUCUGAAGCGGAUCUGCUUCACUUCAGGAGAAUCUUUUAUAGCUGUAUCCGACGCAGUCCAGACGAUGGUCGUUCCGCGUCUCGAACGUUAUCGAUGGAUGUUCUCUGAUCGGAAAAUACCGGCUUUUCUUGCGCGUCGGUGGGUACCACUUCGGCCUGGUAGCUUCUAG